AUGGAUCUCGACUGGGAGAGACGGAGAUGGGUUAUCUUCUUCUCUGUCCUCCUGCAGAAGAUACUUAUGUUUGUUAGGAAGCCGAUGGCUUGGUUUGGAUCUGCGAUCGAGUACUGGCCGAACCUUCUGUCGGAGAAUCAUGGUUUCAUCUCGCUCUUGUUUAAUAUCUUGACAGGGAGAGUGGUCUUUCCAAAAAAAGGGUCAUCAACUUAUAGAACUGUUAUUGGAUUUAGUGACCCGAGAGUGGAAUUGGAUAGGAAGAUUAAACCAACCGACAAGAAGUAUCACGCAGCACUGUCGAUGAUGGCCGCAAAAUUGGCUUAUGAAAAUGAAUCAUGCAUCCAAAGCAUAGUCAGAAACCCUUGGAACAUGGAGUUCUUGGGGUUCUACAAUUGCUGGAACGAAUACCAGAAGCAGUUCAGCACACAAGCGUUUAUGUUCAGUGACAAAACGGGUGAUGCCGAGCUCAUCGUAGUGGCAUUUCGAGGCACCGAACCCUUCGACGCAGUUCAGUGGUGCACGGACUUUGACAUCUCACAUUACCAGAUACCACAUGUCGGGAAGGUCCACCAAGGCUUUUUGAGAGCCUUGGGAUUGCAGAGGAAGCUUGGGUUACCCAAGGAACUGAAUGGGAGUAGAGUAAGCCCACCAUAUGCGUACUACGUCAUAAGAGAGAAGCUCCGGGAUGUGCUGAGCCGGAACGAGAGGGCCAAGUUCUUGGUCACCGGGCACAGCUUGGGAGGGGCUCUUGCAAUACUCUUUGCAUCCAUCUUGGCAGUGCAUGGGGAGAACUGGCUGUUGGAUAGGCUGCAGGGAGUGUAUACAUUUGGGCAGCCCAGAGUGGGAGAUCGAAAUUUUGGGGAGUUUGUGGAGCAGUACUUGGACAAGCCUAAAAGGAGGUACUUUAGGUUUGUGUAUUGCAAUGAUAUUGUGCCGAGGGUGCCCUUUGAUGACUCUGCUCUCUCGUAUAAGCACUUUGGGACAUGCGUGUACUUCAACAGCCUCUACAAACCGAAGGUGAUGAAAGAGGAACCAAAUAAAAACUAUUUCUCCCUUUGGACAAUUAUCCCAAAGUACAUAAAUGCAUGGUGGGAGCUCAUCCGAAGCUUUCUCAUUGGAUUUGUCAGAGGCCCAGAAUACAAGGAAGGGAAGACUAUGAGGUUACUGAGACUUGUUGCGCUGGUGUUUCCUGGGCUUGCACCGCACUUCCCUCAAGACUACAACAACUGCACCCGACUGGUGACUUCUCCUGCACUCGACAAGAGACUCGUGUGA